AUGACAGAUUCCCAGAAAUAUUUGACAUCUUGGGAUUUGAAAAGACUACAGGACAAAUGUGUGAAUUUUAUAAAGACCUCAGACUCUAAUAAGUUUUUACGUCUCAGGUACAUGUGGAGAGACAAACCUUUUCAAUACUGGGAAAAUAUCUUUGAUGUAGAAGAUGGGGAAAUGGUUCCUUACACCAAAGAUUUUAAUGGGGAUCAAAAAUCCGCCCUAAAUGGAAACAUUGACGGUCUGUUUUUUGGUUGCGGGCUAUACAGCAAAAACGGAAAACCACCAUGGUUCUCGUAUUUUGGUAAUCGUAGACUCUAUAUUUUGUCAACAGCCAUUUUCAGGAAGUCCAUGCGUCUGUAUUUUGCCGACUUUUAUUGUCAUACAAAAAAUCACUUUGCAACUUUGGUCCUUACAAAACCAAACUCUGAGCAAGAUGAAUUCUGUCGAGAACACAAUCUACCGGCGUUAAAUAUAAAUAAUAAUCCAUUUCUGAAAAUCCAAACAACAAAUGGCGAGGAUGAAGUUUUUGUUACAGUGGGCGUUAGAGUGGAAGUGUUGUAUACAGAAACAAUCGACCUGAAUGAGGUUAUCAGCAAUGGGACUGGUCGAUUUGUGUGGGUGAAACCACGUGGUCGUGGACAAAGUCGACCAAAAGGUAUCCCGAAAAACCCGUCCUGUCAAAUUUGCAACCUAUAAUUCCAUUUAAAGGAAAUUCCUGCUGUUCAA